GCCUACCAGUCUAUGGAUCAAACCGGAUCAAACCCACUGUAAACAGAAUAUUCGCAGCGUCAUCAGAAUGAACACACCCUUGGAAUGCUCAUGUUUCUUUUCGAAAUGAAACAGAAUAUUGCCUAUUCUCCUGACAAAGAAGUCGACCUGCAUCUUAUUGUGUCAUUAUUUUGGAGGCUACAGGAAUGGAGAGCAACCCUGACUGAUUGAAACUUAAGAUGAGUUCCCCAUCACCAAUUGCUAAUUUUUCCUCUCUAUCUUUGGAGGAUAAAAAUGAAGAUUCGCUGCCUGUGCCAAACCUAUCUGUCACAGAAUGUUCUCAGGACGUGUCCUGCUCAGUAGGCCUAUCCUUUUCUCUUCCUCCUAACAAUUUAACCACUCAGGACAGUGGGAUAUCUUGUUUGGAGCAGAGUCACAUCUCACACAUCACAGGUGUUCCAGGUCAGGAAUUUGUUUUAAUAACAGAGGAUGUACAAGCAGAUUCUAGCACAGUAGUCUUGUUGUCACCCGAGCCAGAACCAGGCAAGACGAGAAAUGAACCUUCACCUCACAGCCUGUGUUUAGCAUCUUCAAGCUCUGUCCCUGACUCGGAGAGGAUUCAAGAUGAUUUCUCACAGUCUGAAGUAGGUACCUGCAUGGGACUAGCACAGCAGAAGGAUCUACCAAUCAGUGUUCACUCCUCAUCUAAAAUGUCUGAUCCGGAGUCUGAAAAGCUGGCAGCUUCAGGUGUGACAUCAGACGAGCCAGGUAUGGAGGUCCAGCAGGAUAACCUGGAUGCUCCAGAACCUUCUCCGGAAUCUACUUCAGUGGAGUGUAGCACAGGGGGAGAUUCCGCUGCAGUAGUACAGCUACAGGCAGGAGAGGCAUCAGAAGACCAGCAGUGUGAAGUUUCGCAUGAGCCUGAGCCAUGGGCAGAAGAAGAAUCAGCAGAGGAAUCAGUUUCCACAUUUCAGCCACCGGAAUCUUCCUUGUCAACACUGGAAACUGUGGAGGGUAAUUUGAACACUUCCAACCAGUGCACUGACAAGAUUCAGAGUCCUCCAAUCUCCUGUUCCCAAGAGCAGUCUGCGGAGGUAUCAACGUCCACACUUUGGCUACCAGAACCUUCCUCAACACAGGAAACUGGUGAAAGUAAUUUGAACAUAUCCAACAUGCCCUCUGGCCACAUGCAAGGGGUUGUAAGCUCCUGCCCUCAAGAACUGUCAGCCGAAGAAUCAAGAGAGGAAACUGCGGAGGAUAAUGUGAGUACAUCUGACAAGCCUACUGACCUGAUGCAAACCCCCUCAAGACCCCACCCCCAGGAAAUGUCAGCAGAAGUGUCAGACCCCUGUCUUCAGUUACCAGAAUUGUCCUCUUCAAUGCAGGAGACUGUGGAGAGUAACAUGAGAGAUUCCAACAUGCUCCCAGUUCAAAUACUCUCAUCAGAGGAGUCAGCCUCCACACUGGAACAAGCAGCAUCCCCUUUCUCAACACAGGAAACUGCUUACAAUAAUCUGAACACCUCUGAACACCAGACCCCUGAUUGGACAUGCAGUGCCCCAAGCACUUGCUCUCAAGAAUGGUCAGAUCCAGCUGGAGAAUUGGUCUCCACUCUUCAGCUUCCUCAAGAAUGGUCAGAUCCAGUUGGAGAAUUGGUCUCCGCUCUUCAGCUUCCUCAAGAAUGGUCAGAUCCAGCUGGAGAAUCGGUCUCCGCUCUUCAGCUUCCUCAAGAAUGGUCAGAUCCAGCUGGAGAAUCGGUCUCCGCUCUUCAGCUUCCAGAGCUGUCCACCUCCACAGAGGAAGUUACUGAGAGUUGCUUGAAGGUACCUGAGCAGCCCGUAGGGCUCCGUCCAGUCUCUGAAUUAGAGGCGGAGCUUGAGCUGAGAGUGGCUGAGAAGUCCAUCGUGGCAGACAACCUGAUAGGAGAGGAAAAUGGUUCUGACACUCCUCCUACUCUCGCUCGCCUUGUGGUCGAGAACGUCUCAGAACAGAACUCAGGGUCUGGAGCAGUCGUGGAGACCACACAGGCAGAAUCUCACAUGGACAAUGCUGCUCAAGUGGACUCGCGUGACUCCCGGCACCAACCACAGCUCUCUGUCCCAUCGGAAUCCAUUCAGCCUCCCACCCAUGUGGAACUUCCUUCCACGUCAUCCAUGGAACACACUGCAAUGCAUUAUGGGGUUGCCUAUUCAGAGUACCACUCAGCCAGCAUUCACCCGUCAUCCGCUGCUAGCGCCACACUGCAUUCACAGUUUGGAAAUAUGUACCCCACACCAACCUAUCAGCAGCACGGAACAGGCCACUAUCAGCUAGCCCCUCAGCUCGCUGCUACAUACUUAGCACCACACCCUCAAUAUACUGCUAACAUCAGUACACUCCCUCAUUACUCCCAACUUCCUGUGAACUACCCGCCUCAGGAAGUGCUAGUACAUUCCAAUUACCCACCGACACAGCCGCAGGCUUGUGUUGGCGGUUUGCCACUGAGGCCUGUCAAUCUGGAUUCAACCGGACCAGCCCAGGACCAGAACACCCUAAGGAUAGGCAUGGAGACGGGCCCGUGCCAGGAGUUCUCCAUGGGUCUGUACGAAAAGUACAAGCUGUGGCAUCAGCACAGGCACAGGACUUGCAUGUAUGUCUCCAGCAGCCAUGAUUCUGAUGCACUGGCCUGCUUCUUCGUACCAGUGCUACGGUCUCUGUGCCUGGUCAACUCCCACAUCCCACUGGAGAGGGCAGAGGCCAUAGCUGUGACCGAGUGGAACAGGCUGUCCAACUUUGAUCGCAUGGAGUACUACAACAUGGCCCAGAAGUUCCUGGAGUUUGAGAAGUGGGAGCAGAAUUUCAGGGCAGCAAAGGGAGUGGAGGCUGAGCUUCAUCCAAUGGGUUGGAGAGUUCACAAUGACAUUUAUGGCUAUAGCUGGAAACGAAGGCCCCAGGCAGGUAGAGGCAGAAGAACCAUGAGACCUAAAAGCAACCCUAAACCUUACUGUAAUGCGCUGUUAGAGAAAGCCCAGAUGCAGGAACUCAUGGAAGGUGCUCUUAAGGAGUACACAGAGGUCAUGGAGGCCCUAGAGUCAAGGUCAGAGGUCAGGGAAAGUUCAGAGGUCACAGAAGAAGCCACUGAGCAGGAGGAGAAGGAAGAGAAUGGAUCAUUCACAGAGUAUCUGAAUGAGCUGUGCAGUCAGAAAGAGUUUGUGACUCAGGUUGGGGAAGUCAUCGACCUAGAGUAUGUGUCAUCUCUCCUGUCCUCAGAUACAGAUUCCAGUGACAAUUUAAUGGAGUCUUUAAUACAGAAGGAAAAGGAGACCUCUGACACAAAUCAUAUGUCUGCAUCUGUAGUGCCUGAACAAACAGGAGACAUCCCAAGUGCCUCAUGCGCCUGUACCAGUAGUGUGCAACCAGGGACCUCAGCUUCCCAAGAUGGACAUCCCUCUGUCUGUUUACGGUCACAGCCUCUACACAUAAACAUUGAUAGCCAAGUGUCACUUGGUGCAACCAUGUCUACGCAAGGUACCGGUGCAGUGGAUUGCUUUGCCCCACCACAUACUUUCUAUGAUCAAACUCCCAAUAUUUCCACUCACAAUUUCUUAGAAAGGGGUGCCCCUGUUGUGUCACCAUUUAAGAGGACAGGGCUUCAAGUCCCCCAGAUUUAUGGGAUGGACAAUUGUAUUCCACAGCAACAAAAUUACAGUUCCCACCAUGUAUUUCAAACCAGUGUCAAUAGGACUUGUAACAGUGUGAGUCAAAGUUUUUAUGCUGUACCAGAAAACUACUCACCCCAAGUCCCAGUGGCCAAUCAUGAGAACUACAGCUCCAAGACAUAUGUUUUAGCAACCAAUCAAAAUGGAAGCAGUUUGCAGGAGCCAAAACAUGUGUUCCUCCCAGCACAAGAUCCACACCAGCCACCUGCCUCACACCAACAAAUUAACUGCCUACCUACGGUGCAGAAUGGAAACUACUCCAAAGUUCAACCAAUCAUCUUACCAUAUGGGCCUAUUGCUCUGACAGAUGCUUUCAGUAUAUUGGAGGCUGCUACUCCUAGUAGCUCAGCCUUCCAAAGUGCUUCAGAAGAGGCAGUAUCAAGUGCUACACAAAAAGUUAUUGCCAUGGAAAACCAUGCCACCCAGAUUGAGCAAGGCACUGACGAGAAGGAUGCAGGUGGUGCUGAAAAACAAGGAUAUGUAUAUACGGUUCUUCUUGACUCAGGCUCCCAAAGAGAGCUAAGCCCUCCUUCUUUAGAAAGUCUAUCCAAAGUGAAUCCAGGUAAAGCACAAGUCAAUUAUAAAUCGCAGAGUCUAAAUCCGGUCGUUGGCACUUCAAAUCUUCCGACUAACACUCUGGCAGAGCCAAUUCAGCUUGAGUCAACAGAAGAAACAGUCUGUAACUUGAAUGAAGAAGAGAAAGAUGUUUUGCCUGUGACUGAGAAUAAGUCAGCAUCACCCAUGUCUGUUUUGACAAUGAAUCAAGUCAGCAAGGAAAACAAAAUCCUUGAGACAUACCAGAAGGUUCUAGAGUGUGCUCAUAAUGAUGACUCAAAUGACUCAAUCAGUGGUCAGAUCGGAGAUGUGCAAGAUCCAGAAGCCCUAGAAGAAAAAUUUGAGCAGUGUAGGACGCCUCCUCUAGCUCCUUGCUUAAGUCCUAACCCACUUCGCUCUUUAUUCUCUCAGGACAACAGCUCCCAGAUUUCGUUGCAGUUGCAGAAGGAAGUGACUCAGAUGACUGAGAAGCUCUUGUCUUCCCCUCCCUCUUUGUCAUUCUUUUGCCUUCAGGCCCUCACCUCCACUGGACACCAGCAUCUGGCACGGAAUGGAGAGUCAGCAGAGACGUUCAUUUCCCCUCCUGUAGCCCUCCAGCAUCCGCCAAGCCCGAGUGGGCUUUCUCAUCAACCCUGUUCCACAGUGACAGACUUGCAUGGGAGUGUCAUUGUGGAUAGUGAGCCUACUCUUACUUGUUUUGUCGCUGUGGCCUCAUCCAGCAGUCAUGGUGAUCGGGACAGCCAUCUGAGGGGCUGGGUUAUUGACAAAAAUGUCAAAGAAUCCAGCGCACAAAGUGAGAGGACAAGUGAAUUAAGCGAUGACAAGAAACAUCUGACUAGGUCUGAGGAUAUAAAAACUAAUGAUCAGGUUGGAUUUAACGAUGAAAUUGCACAUGAUGUAGAUGCAGAUGAAACAAUAGACUACUUCAGUGCAGAGAUGUCGAACAGACAACUGGAACAAAUGGAGUUAGAGCAUAGUGUACGAACAUCAGGAAAUGUCAUGGUAGGGGACACUGUCUGCAGUGUCAGUAUCUCAAAAACAACAGUAAGCAAUUUGGAAAUGAAACGUAAUGAAACUCAAGAUGUACAGGUGGCAAAGGACGACUCACAGAGCCAGAAACUCAUAGUCUUAGAUCAGGACACAGACCUGAGUACACAGAGUGAGAGUGGUUCCAGCUUGCUACUAACUCCAAGACGCUCCUCAAGAAGCAGGAAGCCAACGGAAAAAAAGCUGCAGUCAUACAGCCAACAUCUGGGGAAAAUGACAACAAGUAGACAAGAAGCAAAAAAAGUGGAAGUAAAUAAUGAAAAAGUGAGGGGUAAAUGUGUGAGAACCUACCUAGGCAUGAAAAGCGCCUUCAUCCAAGAUGCAAAUGACAGCAGUAGAACAGGUGCAGAAAAAGCAACACCACAACAACAAGCGGAAACAGAGAAAAAGGUGAACAAAGAUGGAGAUGAAGGAGUCUCGGAGGCGACAGAAAAGCAUGUAGAUGGCAACAAGCGUGUCAAAGAGCUGAAUAAUAAUAGAAAUAGGUGUGAAGGGAAGAAGCGUGAUAUAAAAUACCUCAGAGAAGCACAAAACUGCCUCACUGAAAAGGAGAUGAGUAUAACCAGUCCAAUAGCCACUAGAAGUGUACUGACUCAUAACGGAAACAAACUGAUGGACAGGAAUCAACAAACAGUUGAUACUGAGAGGAGGGUCACAAAAACACUCAAGGGGAAAAUGAUUGGCAAGCCAAUGGAUGAAAGUACUGUUGACAAGGCUGUGAUUGGCAGAUCUAAUGGACAAAGAUUUGUAAGAAACAAGAUGAUGGAAAGUCAGGAGAUAAAUCCUGAAGGCGAAGAAAGAGAUGAACCAGCUGUGGAGGACAACACAGAGUGUUCCCAAAUGGAUACACCACCACACAUUUGUAUAAAGGAGGGUGGAAGUCCUGAUCAACCACAUGAACAGGAGGCAGAGAAAGAAACACAAGCUGGAAGACUGCAAAACAAGGAUGCGCUCACUCCCCCACCCAAAGCACUGAAAUAUAAUGACAUUACCGAAGACCAGACAGACAAACCACAUGAUCACAUACCAAGUGAAAAGAAAAAGGAAGAGAAUGAACAGAAAGGAACAGAGGAGAUGCCCGAAGCGCCAGCAAUGCAGGAAGUGAUCAAAGAAACAGAUACGGAGAGGCAGAACGAGACUGGGAGGAUUAGGAGACUAACCCGAGGUGCCGUGUUGGGAAAAGAAAUCGUUCCAGUUGAACAGUCUGGGGAAUGGAAAAUUGAGAGCACACAACACAGCACAACACAGAUGUCUCAACUUGUAGCAGCAGAGGACAGAGAGAGAGAAAAGAGAGAAUGCACAAGGCAUGGCAAAUAUGAAACUGAUCUACCCACAGCAGCAUCAAAUGAUGAUGUUACAAAAGAACAAUCACCAAGAAGGUCAGCUGACGAUAUAGCAAGAGAUGACCAAAAGGAUGAAAAGAAUCAGAACAUAACAGAGGACAUGAAGUCUACAGCAGUGAAUCAGGAACCCAUAAUCACAGAAAGCAAACAUUCAAGUCAGAGUGGGACUCACACAAUGCUAAGGACUAGAAGACUAACCAGAGGCUCCAUGGCGGUAAAAGAAAUAAUAGACAUGAAACAAGUCACAAGAGACAAGAUGGUGCGCUCUGGACAGAAUACAACACAGAGAUCCAUGACCGGAGGAGGACAUGUUGGAAGUCCUCAGCACUCCCAAGAACUGAAGAGAAGGAGAGAAACGGAACAAGUAAGAUCACAAGAUGAGUAUGACAUCGAUGUUUUACCCAAAGCUGUAGUACACGAUACUAUUACAGGAGAACAAACACUUGAAAGGCCAAACAACCAAACAACAAAAGAUGGCAGAUUAAAUAAAGAGAAGGAAACAGAGGAGCUGUCAACAGGAUCAACUAUUCAGGAAAUUAUAAUCAAAGAAACUGACAAAGAGAAAAACAGCGAGCUUCAUAUGGUGACAAGGAGUAGAGUAACCAGAGGUUAUAUGAUGGGGAAAGAUGUCUUACAGAUGGAACAAAUUUCACAAGGAAGAAAUGAGAACUCAAUAGAGAACACAACACAGACGUCUAUAGGUCGAGGAAAUGCUGGAAGUCCUCAACAAAUACGAGAGGAGACCACAAGGAAAGAAAAUGAAGAAGGUCAAUCACAAGACAAGGUUGACCUUCUUCCUCCAUCUAAAGAAAUGAUAAGUGAUAGCACCACUGUAGCAGAAACUCUAGAAAGUGAUCAAAUAAAAAGAGAGAACAGUGAAGAACAUACAAGAGAAAUACAAGAGCUACCUGUAGUACCACAGAUUGAGGAAGUUAUCAGAGAAAAUGAUCAUUUGAAUAAUAAUGAUAAUCAAACUGUUUCAAGUAGGAGAAGGAGACUAACUAGGGGUUCUGUUGUAGAAAAACAGGUCAUACAAACAGGGGGAAAAUUGCAUGACACUGAUAACUCACAAGAAAUAAGACCACAUGACCAAGAGGAUCACAUUGAUCCUCUUCCUAAAGCUGUAGUGCAUGAUAAUACAAAACAAACUCUAGAUAGGCUGAGAGACCACACGGCAAGAGAGGACAGUAACGGACCGACAGAAGAAACUGAAAAGGGGACUGCAUUAGCAGUGAGUCAGGAAUGUAUAGUCACAGAAGUAGAUCAUGGGAGGAAGACCAGCACUCAAACAGCCACAGGAAUGAGCCGGAGACUAACUAGAAGUACAGUGGUGAAAAAAGUGAUACUAGACAUGGGACAGCCCGUGGAAGACAAAACUGAGUGCUCACAUGAUAAUUCAGCAGAGACUCCCUCAAGCAGGGAUAAGGCUGGAAGUUCUCAAAAACCACAUGAAAAGAACACAAGGGGAGAGACAGUAGAAGUAGAAUCACACCAUGAGGAUGACAUUGAGUCUCCAUCCAAAGCUGUGGUACACGAUAGCACCACAGAGGAGCCGAUGGCAGAAACGUCAAGUGACAAAAGUGCGAGAGAUGAGCGAUUACAGGAGGAAGAAACUGAAAAAGAUAAGAGUACUGUAGCACCAGUGACUCAGGAAGUCCUAAUCAGAGAAUCUGAAAAUGUGAGAUGGAGCGAAACUCACACAGUGACGGCAAGGAGUAGGAGACUAACUAGAGGUGCCGUGAUGGGAAAAGAGAUAAAGAUGGAAGUCAAAACUGAUAGCGCAAAAGAGAAUACAGCACUGACUUCUCUGAAAGGAGGAAGUCUGCAGCCAUCUCCAGACCAGAACAAGCACGCUGAAGCAGAGGAGGUGGCUGCUGUACCAGGGACUCAAGAAGUCAUAAUCACACAGGCAGAUGAAGAGAGUCAAACUAUUACAGAAGUAGAUAAUGAGACGGACACAGUGAUAAGAAGGAGUAGAAGGCUAACCAAAGGUUUUGUGUCAGGUAAAGAAAGAAUAGAGAUGGAAAGAGAGAAGCCAUCAGCUCCUGUGGAGAGAAGAACAAUAAAGAUUGAUAAUGCACCUUGCUCUUCCGGAAAAACGUCAAAAGCUAGUGGCAAAGAGGUCGAGGGAAGGAUUAAUAAAAAUGUUGGCAAAAGCUAUAAUGAUGAAAGAAAAGCACAGCAAAAAAUGGCACUGAGCGAAAAGAAACAACCUGAAAAUGGAGAGCGAGAGAAGCAAUCUAAAGAUGUUGAGGGUGAGUUUUUCCUGAAGGAAGCAGGAGAAACUAUGCAUGGAAAAGAACAAGGGGAUGAAGAGACAAAUACAAACCCUGAAGCCAUGACAGAGGAAGUAGAGAAAGAGAUAUAUCCUUCACUAAAGGAAAAAAAGAUUAUAAAGGGAGAAAAGCUGGAGGCAAGAGAGAUGAGCUUGCCAGCCAAUGAUGAAACUAAUGCUCCAACUGAAAAUGCUGACAGACCAGAGAACACAAAUGUCAGAACUAAGGCAGAGGGACAGAGGUCAAGAGCCACAAGAGAAAAACGACAAGAGACAGCAACAGACAACACAGGAGACGAGGAGAUAUCACAUUCAAAUACAAAUGCCGGUAUAUUGGUGGAGAGAGCAGAGAUGGAGAGAAGUCCAUCACACCAAAAUAAACAAAAGACAGAUGAGGAAGAAGAACGUGAAGAAGAAGAACGUUUAUCAGUCAAGGCCAAGACUAAAACCAAUUAUCCCCCUGAACUACCUGAAACAUCAACACACCCCACAGCAGAGAUCACAGACAAACAGAGUAAAAAAAAAGGGACGAGGGGAGAGAAAGACGCCCAAGUCACGGAGAGAGGGAUGAACACUCGUGCAGUCAGAACAAGGAGUGUCACAGCUACUAGAAGUUCAGAGGCAGUGGGAUGUAUGAAGACACAGAAAACAGAGGACAGGGGCACUGCAGACAGACCUGAUAGUAAAGAGACAGAGACUCAAAUUCGAACCAGGAGCAGGAGGACAGCCAGAUGCCCUGAAGAGGGGGAAAUUGAAAGAGUAGAGAAAACGAAUGACAAAAGAGUGGAAAGGAAAGAAACUCCCCAAAAUGAUGACAUAAGCAACAACAACAACGAGCAGGGAGCGAUGGAUGUUAAAACGAACCCAGAGAGACCGAGGAGCACAAGAUCGACUAGAGGCAACCUGCAACAGACAAAGAUGGAGGAGGAACAGACAAAAGCAAAGCGCAGCAUGAAAACGCGAGCUGAGGGAAAGGCCAAGGCACAGAGCAGCGGAGAGACAAUGAAGCAAGAGACAAACGAGACGAGGAGAGAAACCAGAGAGAGGACAGCGAGGCUCAAGGUGGCGGACGGCACCGAGAACCUCCUCAAAGUGGAAGAGGGAAUUGGACUGGCUGAAGAGGACGACAGGCGCUCGCAGAGAGCCAAUCAGGAUGAAAGAAAAAGACAAUCAGGAAGGGGGGUCGCGGAGAGACGUCAAGAGCCGAACGGCUCUCCUCAGAGAAGGCUGAGAGAAAGAUGGAGCGCACGAAUCAACAAAAGACCAAAAAGGAAUUGAAAAGUAUGAAAUACUGUAUAUAUAAACAUACUACGACUACAGCUGUAAAAAUUUAUAUUUUAUUUACAAAUAUUAAUAUAUUAAAAUGUAAAAACAAGAUUCUGUUUUGGUUGUACACUCUUUCCCAAAAAUACAUGGUUUUCAGUUUUUAAAAAACACUUUUAACAAGGCACUUCAUUCACUUCUAUGCAACACACAUGAGCAU